AUGGCCUUUCAAAGACUAGCAUGUAUACCGCUGUUUCAACGUUUGCUCGUUCCAGUCGUCAUGCGAUCGACAGUCUGUGAUAUGACAACUAAAAUGAAGCAAUCGUCAGGCAAACCCGAGGGUGAUAUCUCCUCCGUCUUUGCUUCUCUCUCGGGUGACGACGCUGAUAAACCUCUCGAACCUCGAUUUGCUCAACUGAAGGCGCAAAUCAUCCGCGGUCACGAGCAGCAAGUCAAAGACAGUUGGUACCGUCUACUCGAUGCUUUGAAACGCGAAAUUGCUACCAUCCGCUCAUCGGAUCAAGCCGUCAUUCCUCAAGUCAACUUCAGCGAUAUGAAGAAUCUUUCGUCCGAUGUGCUCAACGAAAUUCGAACUCGCGGUGUCAUGGUCAUUCGAGGUGUUUUACCUGAGGCCCAUGCAGUGAAACUGAAAAGAGAUGUUGAAGAGUAUAUCAGACAGAAUCCACAUACCAAAGCCUUUCCCAAGGAUAAACCAGCCGUCUACGAACUGUACUGGUCACCCUCACAGAUUCAUGCUCGCGCCAAUCCUCGAGUUCACGAGGCGUUAGCUUUUGCCAAUUCGUUCUGGCAUGCGUCACCCUCGACUCUUAUUGGGUUGAAAGAGAACAUCAUGUAUGCAGAUCGUCUGCGAAUUCGUCAACCUGGUGAUGCUCAAUUCGUUCUUGGCCCACACGUGGACGGGGGCAGCAUCGAACGAUGGGAAGAUCCCGAGUAUCGAUCAUGCUACACGCCUAUUUUUGAAGGUCGGUGGGAGGAGAGCGACUUUUUUGAUGCCACUCACCGUGUCGGCGCGCAAAUGUCCCUCUACAAUGCAGCAGGUGGUUGUACUACCUUCCGUUCUUGGCAAGGUUGGCUCAGCGCCUCGACUGUUAGCCCGGGUGAAGGUGGGCUUUUGGUGAAUCCACUCUUGAAGUUUGCAACGUCCUACUGGCUUCUUCGACCUUUUCUCACGCAAGUCGAAAAGGAAGGCGACUGGCAAAUCGAUACAUCGAGUAUCUGGCAAGGAGCCAUCCCUGGUCGCGGCCAAGAAAUGAACGACUCGUGGCAUCCCGGACUGGAACUAUCGACCUCAAUGGUUUCCAUUCCCAAGGUGCGCCCAGGCGACAUGGUUUUUUGGCACUGUGACACUAUACAUGCUGUCGACAGUGUUCAUCGCGGUCAAACGGACUCGAGCGUUUUCUAUAUUCCAGCAGCGCCCUUCUGUGAAAUCAACGUUGAGUAUCUUGCCCGGCAGCGCGAUGCCUUCGUACACGGCAUCCCGCCACCGGACUUUCCCGGUGGCGAAGGCGAAUCGCAUCAUGUCGGACGGGCGGUCCCUGAAGAUGUCAAGAAGGCCGGCGGUGGACGCGCCAUGGGUUUUGAGGCGUUCAAGAUCAAAUCGGACAUGACACCAGGCGAAAAGAAAAUGAUCUUAAAAGCCAACACAAUUUUAAACUUGUAA